GAGCUGGAGGAGGCAGCUCGGUGCGUAGACUUAGGUUAUGUGUUAGUGCCGGAGUGCCUGAGUACCGGCUCCCGAGAGUGGGAACUCAUUGAGUGGUGCUGAUAGACAUAGGCAGGGUUGCGCUGGGUAAUCUGGCUUCAUCCCUUGGGUAGAAGAUAAGCAGAUCCCAGCUGUCACACCUGCUGCAGGGGCAGCACAGAGCAGGAUCUCCUACCCUUGCCCGGUAGGCAGAAAGGGCAACGAUGGUCAUUCGGGUGUUCACAGCAUCUUCUUCUAGCUCGGUGACGAUCAAGAAGAGGCAGCAGGAUAUUCUGCAGUUUCUGGAAGCCAACAAGAUUGAGUAUGAAGAAGUGGACAUUACUAUGUUAGAGGAUCAGAGACAAUGGAUGUACAAAAACAUUCCUAAGGAUAAGUGGCCGGAUCAAGGCAACCCCUUGCCCCCACAGAUAUACAAUGGAGAGACCUACUGUGGGGAUUAUGACUGCUUUUUUGAAUCCAAGGAAAGCAAUACAGUCUUCUCGUUUUUACGGUUGAAAACAAGGCCAUCAUCCAAGGAGGCCGAGCUGUAGAAGAAUCCUGGACGUGUUGGACAUAAGCACAUGGAAUUUUAUUUCCUAAGAGCCCAGCAUCUUACGUGCUCUGCAGAAUUUUCUCUUUAUCAUUGGAAGCGCUCUCUUGAUGUUCAUGGACUGCACUACCUACGGAUGUAUUUUUCUAUUAUAAAGUUUGGUGUGCAAGAUGUCGUUUCAAAAACAGCUUUAUCAAACUUGACAUUACAAAUUAUUUUAUUCUUGCAUUAUUCCUACUAUUUUUUUGAAAUAGUGAAAUUUAUUGUUACACUUCUUUCUAUAAUAAUCUACUUUCCUUGAACCUAAGUGACAUUUAAUUGUUCUUAGCCAUUGCUUAGGGUAUGAUGCCUGAAAUUCAUCUUAAGAUUGGCUGUAUUGCUAUUAUAUAUGGAAGUUUUACCGUGUUGUAUAGAAAUGCAGUAACGAAUCUCAAUAAAAAAAAAAACAUAUAUUAAUAUAGAUAUAAAAACAGUGACUCGUCGUUUCUUUGAACUGCUGUAAAUUUCCAUAUCUUAGCAAAAUGGAUAAAUAUGGGUUGAUGUAUCUUACAGAAUUAAAGUCAUCUCCGUAUACCACUAAA